UUUUUAUCCAUAUUGCAACUGGUAACACGGAUACCUGCGUGCUUUGGGCGGGACGACAGAGUGGGAGAUACGAAUAUCGAUAAUGGCAGAUUCAACUACGGAUGAUCUUGAACCCUUGUUCGAUUACCGCCGCGUUCAGCCCCUAAAUUUUGUUUGCAUCGAAGAUGACGGUUCUGAUGCUUCACCAGUUCCUUCGCCGAAGCGGAGGAAAAUUCCGGAUACUGAUGUUGUGAAAGUAGAUGAGGAUGUUGAAGUGAUAAAGGUGGUGAAUGUAGAAGAGGAGGAUUGGUUGGCACCUCCUCCUAUGGUUUCAACUGAUGCUUUUAGCAAGAUUGGUGAGGAUUCAACCAUAAAGGAGUUGAGGCUAAGGAAACAGGAAUUGCUUUCAUUUGCUCAAUCCACAAAAAACAUGUUGCUAGAAGUGGAGGAAUCUGUAAAAAGAGAACUGAGUGGUUCAUUGAAAGCUUCUUUAGAUGCUGUUGCUGAGCAACCAAAAAAUCCUACCUCUGAAAGGGCCAAAAUAGUUAUUUCAAUCCAGAACGAGGAUGAAUGCAAGCAGUUUCGUGUUUACAUGGAUGACAAGUUUGAGAGGCUCUUCAGCAUGUAUGCAGAUAAAGCAAAGCUUGACCUGCAAAGCUUAGUAUUUUCUUUUGACGGUGAUAAAAUUAGUGCUGCUGCAACCCCUGCAAGUCUAGGAAUGGAGGAUGAUGACAUUAUUGAGGUGCAUGUGAAGAAGAGAUGACCAAGACUCCUUUAGGCGGUCUUCCGAGCUUGAUCUAAGUGUGCAGUUUGCUGGUGUGGACUCUAUUGACAUCUGGAUUUUAGCUUUGAGUUGAAUUGUGAUAAUGAAUCUGCAAGUAAUGAAGACAUGCAUAAGGAAUCUGCAUGAUAACUAUUGCAAGAGUCUCCAACUUUCCGCAUUUAACUAUUGUGGUCAGAAUUGAUUAUCGGUCACUAGUAUGUGCAUAUGCCUUAAUCUUUGGCAUGGAAAAUCAUUAUACUUAUUUGUACCAACUUAGAAUGCGCGUACCAAUGUUUACAGAAGAUUGGCUUGCUGAUUUGUUCAGAAUAAGCAACUUGAAGCAAAUAAAGUCAUCAUCUCAUGGAGUAAAGAAAGAGUAUAAAGGGAGUGUACCUUCAUUAUAAAUGAGGGUAUCUUGAUUGGUUUUUGUUGUGGACUUAAUGUUUGAAUCAUGAUGUGUUGUCUAUGAUUUGUUGUUGGAAUGCAUCUUAAAACAGAGCAGAUGCAAUACUAAUAUCAUGAAUGCUGUAUAAGAUCAUGAGUUUCGUGAAAAAACUGUCACUUUAAGAAAUUCUGUUUGCCAUUGUGGUGGUGCAUUGGGUAGGCAUACUUUGGUUUGUUUCCUAAAGCGAAAUCUUAUUUAAUAAUGUUAAAACAAACAAUGCCAAGUCGAUUUGGCAAUUUGAUAGGAGUGUGUUUGGGUUGGACGAUUUUGGGUUUUGACUAUUUGGAUUUGUUCAAGUUUUAGGCAUUACAAGGUCAAGUUAUUUUAGAUUAGGUUGUUGACCUUUUUGAGUCAAUUGGAGCUAGGUUUGAAUAGGUUUUUUGGGUUCAAGCCAACUUUUGUCUGACUUACCCUACUGUCAGGUAGCAUUGAGUUUGGUCCAAUUGUAUUCAGGUCGCUAAUUUUUCAAUUGAAUUUUGGUUGGCUCCAAUUGAGUUUCCAGUGGUUGCAGGGUCAAGACUUUGCCAUCUCUACUAACAUAUUCUUAUUUUUAUGUUUUCUUAUUAAUGGAUUUAUCUUUUUGGUAAUUUUACCAAAGGAAUUGAUGCCAACUCAAUUAGUACCUUUAUAUUUUUGUGUAAAUUAUUUUUUUUAUACUUUAUUAACCUUUGAUAAAUAACGAAUUAUUAGUAUAUAUCAUAUUGCACCUUUUGCUUUCUGUUUCAGUAUAAGUUUCACUAGUGGUCCUUAUUUGCUAUAUUUGGAGCUCAUCUACCCUUUCCAAUUUC